AGGCUGGCCCGCUUUGUGCAGGCGCUUCCUUUAGGGGCAUUACGGUGCAUGCCUGUCUGAGUUCAAGUUCAAGCUGCAGCAGGGGGAGGCAGGGAGAGUCCGCCCGGUCCUAGCCCGGCAUGGGCUGCCAGGGCAGCAAGCCGCGCUGCUGUGGAGCCGCCAGCAAGCAGAGACAGCCGAAAUCUCCCCGGGCAAAGGGAGCAGCGUCCCAGGAGCUGACGGCCUCAAAGAGAGCAAAGGCCCCCCUGCCUGAGGAUGCGCAGAAGGAGAAGGCGGCGCUGCUGGAGCAGCAGAGGAGUCUGGCGGCAAAGCUCCCGCGGGGCCAGCGGGAAGACGGCAAGAGAUGGAGGGGGAAGGCGGCCACCCAGGCUGAGAGGCUGACCCAAGGUGUCGGGAGCCAGGUGCCAGGGCAGAGCGAUGUGGAGCAUGAGCAGCAGCUGGAUGCACUGAAGCGGCAGCAUGCUGAAGCCCUCCGAGACCUGCAGCAGACGUACGACCGGGAGAAGCUGCUCCUGACCGAAUCCUACCAGCAGACCCAGGCGUCCUUACAGGAGACGAUCGGGAAGCUGAACUCCCAGCUGAAAUCCUUCCAGGAGAGAAUGAAGCGGGUGGAGGAGUCUAUCUUGAGCCAAGACUACAAGAAACACUUGCAGGAUUACGGGAUCCCCAGCCAGUUCUGGGAGCAGGAGCUGGAGAGCCUGCACUUCGUCAUCGAGAUGAAGAACGAGCGCAUCCACCACCUGGACAAGAAGCUGCUGACCCUGGAGGCUGUGGUGGAAAGGAACCUGCAGCUGGAAGAGAAGGUGAAAGCCCUGCAGCAGGAGAAUGAGGACCUGCAAGUUCGGACGGAGAAACACUUGAUCAUGACCAGGCAGCUGUCGGAGGAGCUGCUGGCCACGCGGGGUGCGCUGGAGAAGGAGUCGCAGCUGCGGGAGCAGGUGCACCGGGAAAAGGAGGAGCUGCUGUACCGCGUCCUCAAUGGCGAUGCACCCCCCACCUUCCCACUGCCUGUGGCCGAGGCACCCCUUAUAGCCACGUAGCAGUGGCCCCUGUGACUGUCCCCUGGCUGCUACGGGGGGCUUGGAGCCUCUGAGGGGGAUUGUCAUCCUGCAGUGAUGGGGGAGCCCUUUGUAGGACAUUGCUUAUGGACUUUGCCCAUCUCCUCUGUGCCCCCUUCCUGGCUCGGACCUUGGGGGAAGCCACGGGCCCCUCGUGUACUGACAAGCCUCGGGGUUACCAGCGUGCCUAAAUGGAGCCGCUGGCUCCCAGCACCAGAAGGAAACGGGGCAGCAAAGCCGCAGGUCUGGGAAGGGGACCCAGGCUGGGUUUCAUCAGUCGGUGAACAUGGAACCAGAGGUGGAUCUGAACUGGGAGGCUCUGGGUCCAAGUGCCUUCGGGUCUGACCCUGGCUCAUGUCCAUCUCUCUCUGCAUCCACAGGGCCCAACUGUCCUGUCGGCUGGUGCCACGAGGCCCUGUGGCAGGAGCAUGGGGAGUGGAUGACAAAAGGGAGGCUUGGCUCCCCUCCUUUUGCUCCCAGAAGCCAGGGCCUGGGCUGAGGCUGGGUGGUGCCCGUUCA